AUGAGAUUCAAUUGGAAAAAUUCUGACAUUGCAACACAAGCAAUAGUAAAUACGCCAAAGCCAAGAGGAAUUACUCGCAGCAUCUUGGUUGUUAUUCACAAUUCAACAGUAAUGCAUGUAUCGUUGAAGCUGCCACUCAGAAAGCUGAAAACAGAAAAUAACCCUAUUCCUUUCCCAAAAAAAAGGACUAACAAAAGCAAAGGCAAACAAUAUCCCAUUACUGGAUCCGCUGUACCGCAAGGUAGAACAAAAGGUUUGCAACGCCUGCCUUCUUACUGCUUCUCACCCAAGCUUAAUGCAAUUGACGAAUUUUGGGUAAUAUCAAGGUGA